AUGCUUAUUACAUACGACCCGGAAGACUGCAAACGGGUCCGCGAUUUUGCUUUGGCUACACUUCCUGAAACACGCCCUGAAACCAGCUGUCUGGAUAUUGUCAAUUUCUUCCAAGAGGGCAAGUCCCAUAUGGUUCUUGUCUCUGAAUAUCCUAGUGAGGAUCGUGGCGCUCUUGGAGUUGUCACCCUGGAAGAUGUCAUUGAAGAACUGAUCGGAGAAGAAAUCAUUGACGAAUCUGACGUCUUUAUUGAUGUCCACAAAGCCAUCCGACGAAUGACACCUGCGCCUAAGUCUCGUGUUGCCAAAGGCAAGAUCGUCGAAGAGCCUCCUUUGAAUGCCUCUAUUAUUACCGAUGGCGACUUGAUUGACGUGGAUCCCACGCAACCCUCAUCUCUCCCCAAGCCUUCUGAUUUGAUUCGACGCCGCAGUUCCGUGGAAACACCUCUUCCCCGCUUCCAACUUCGCAAAACUAAUCCCGACAUCAAUCCCGACUCACCAAAUGAAAGUGUCACACAAGUCGGCACCACAGAUGAGAUUCGAGAACACCUAAAACAUCUUGGGCCCUCGAACUUGGCCAGUAGGCCGCGCCAAACCCGUUACCAUGCCGUCAAGAUCAAGCGUAACAGCACUUCUCCGUCCCGUUCCGCACAAACCGACUUUGAGUCUGGACAAAGCACCUCCGACUCCCAAAAACUCAUACCUUCUUCUACUGGAUACCAAGGUGGCAUAGGCGCGGGCUUGCUCAACUCCGCUGGAACAGACGCCAAAGAUGGUGCGCAUGCUCUCAAACUUGGCUACGGCACCAUGGCUUCAAAUGACAGUGUGAGCAAAGGCACCGGUGCUCAGCAAUACAAAGACCUUCCCCAAGUCUCCAUUCCCGAGGCCGUCCGUGAGGAGCAUGAAGACCAACCGCGUUCUGGGUCGACGCGGGCGGCCAGUAGUGUUGCCUUACGCGACGAGUCCGAAAACCAACCGCGUUCUGGGUCGACGCGGAAGGCUAGUAGUGACGAAGGCAGUGUUGAGUCGUCUGGUACACCAGGCUUUAUCUACCACCACCGCGGACCGGCACGCAGUGGAAGCAUCACAGAACAGGUCGUGGAUGUCAACGGUAUUCGCAAAGUUGUCCUUCAUGCAAAUUGCACCAGCUCUUCAGAAGGUGAAACCCAUCCAUCCGGCCAUCAGCGCCAUCGUGAACACCACCCUACCGAUGGUGCAGUCCAUGAUACCGAUGACGCAAAAUCAGAAAACCCCGACGGCGGCCACACAAAAUCCAAGAAAAAGCGGCGCCGAAAGAAGCAUGGCAAAGCUUCCAAGUCUGAUGGCGGCCCCUCAGAGGACCAGCCGUUACUUCGAUGA